AUGCGUGUCAACCCCGCUAGAUCCCUAUCCUGGCACGUCCUGCUCGGACUUGGCCUGUGCCUCCUCCUGAACUGCACCCCACUACUUGGCCAAGAGGCAGUGACUCCUAGCGAAGACCUGAACCAGGGCACCACAGGUCGCAGUCAGUCGGCGAAUAGUGUGUCAUACUUUAGGGCGUCGAUUCCGAUGCGAAUAUACGAAUGUCUGCGGGAGUUCACCAUGCUACACUGCACGAAAUUGUACGUGCUGCAGAAGAUGGAUGAGCGCCGACAGAUGCCCAACAGCGGCAAUCUCACCCGCGACUUUGUGGACCAGUUCUUCGGGGAGGAGACCCAGAUGGGCAGUCUGGUGGGCAAGAAGUACCAGAAGAUGUCCGAGAAGGAGCUCAACCAGCGGCUGGUGGUCAACUUCCAGCGCUUCUUUAAGCACCGCGACCUCAAGCUGCACUUCCUCUCCGGAAUGCUGGUCAAGAUCGUGCCCAGCAAGGACAACAAACUUAAGUUUUCGCUCAAGAAGACUCCCAAAUCCCGGAUGGGUCGUUCCCGAAGACGUGAGACCGAGGAAAUGGAGCUGAACCUGAUGAAUCUCCCGUCCAUUAGCGGGGGAGGAGCCAAUAGCGGAAGUGUGGAGAACUACGAACCGGAAGCGGAAGGGGACUCCAAGCAGCAGGGCGUCUUGGGAGGCGGAGGGGGCGUGGCAGGUGGUGAGAGCGGAGGAGGAGGACUGUUGGGUAAGCGAAAGAAGAAGAACUCGAACAAGGUCACCAUGAUGCAGGUGGCGGUGCCCAUGCUGAUCUUCCCGGUUGUCUUGCUGGGCAGCUUGCUCCCCUUCAUCCUGCCGGCCCUUAAAAUGGCCACCAUCCUGUCGCUGGUGAUGAACAACGGCGCCUUUAUGGCGGCUUUACUGUACGCCGCCCGCACCCAAUUCAACACCCACGAGGAGCAGCACAUCAGCUACAGUUAG